AUGGAGGCGCCAGUCCAAUUGUCUUUCCCUCUCCCGCGAUCACUAGACACGCGCAUCUAUCUGCACUUGACAGUCAAGCCCAAGGCCAUUGUGGUUUUGCUCACCACGGCUUCCGUCGAAGAAGCGGCCUCACCGACCCCAUUAGGUUCAUUUGUUUAUGCGCUGCCCGAUAGAUACAACCCAGCCCAGCCAUUGUCGACGCCGCUGUGCACGGUGGAGCCCACCCUCGAGUUCGCCACGCGACUGGCCAAGCUGCUGGCAAGGAGGACGCAGCGGCCAACUUACGUCGGCAACUCGAUAAGCUUUGCCAGCACCGGCCUGGGUGGCACCGUGGAGGAGGAAAUGGAGGCGUUCAAGAAGGUUGUCGAGGUUGCCCUGUCGCAGUUGCAGCCCGUCGUCGAGUCCGCUCAAGCGCCCUCUGACGGGGUCCGGGCGUCCCCGGUGUAG